UGGGGGCUCCCGGCUUCCUAUCGCGGAAUGCGAACUCGUGAUCCCAGGCUCGAUCCCGCUUGACUAGUCCUUGGAGUUUGGUGGGGGGGAGACUUUCCCCAACUCUUCAGCCCCCAGGACAGGUCUGCGGGAGUUGGGCUUAGCCAGAUCUGCCCGGGGCCCUGGCCGAAGCCAGCACCCGGCUGCCCCCGGCCCACGAAGGGGGUGUGCGUGCGCUGUGCCAGAGUGAUUACUCAAGGAGUGCUGGGAGAGCCAGGGGUUCUCUUUCCCACAGACACAACGCGUUUCUCAAAAUGGAGCCUCCACUUGCCCCUCCUCUCUCGGGCUCCCGCUCUUGGAGCCCGGCUGGCUGGGCCUGGCUUUCCAGAGGCCUGGCUCUGGCUCCUUGGGCGUCUGGCUCUCGGGGCCCAGCUUCCAUGUCUCUUCUGGGUUUAGGGGCCCCUGGCUCUGUGGGGUUCAGGUCCCUGGGCUCACUGGUUCAGCCUGUCUCCCUGUCUGCCUGACCCUGGGGUCUCUCUUGAGUCUUUGUCUCUGGUCGUUUGGGCCCCUGUCUUUCUCUGAGUCCGCCUGUCUCCUCCCCUUACUUCUCACUUUCUCAGUGCUCGCUGAAGUGGGCAAAUGCAGACAGCGGUGCCAGCCUCCACUGCCCCCUAAGAAGCCCCUAACCCCACAGCUUUCUCCAUGCCCUGGAGUGGUGGGGGAGAGGGCAGAGAGGCGGUGCCCCGGCUGCCUGGCUCGGGGCUGGCACUUGCCGAUGGGCUCAGCGCACCCCCACCCCACCCCCAACCCCCGCUUCCAGGCUCAAUCUGGAUACCUUCCCGGUUCUCAUGGUCUCCUGACUUGAGUGGGGAGUGGAGGGGGAGCCUCGUGCGAUACAAGCAAGAAAGAAGGGGAACGGACCCGGCAAAGGAGUCAGAUAAUGUGUCUGUCCUUUCCCCACACUCGAAUGAGUGACAGAAACCAGGCUCCUGCUCACCUAGGUGGCCCUGCUUGCCACCCAGGCUCCCAGCCACUCUCACACAUGCUCUGCGCGCACACUGCUCGGCACCCGCUUGUGCACACUCACUUCCCUGUUCGUAUGCAGUUUCCACGUAAACUCACGUACAUGUGAAUGGACAUCUAUCCAGAGAUGUUCUCUUCUCUCAGUCACGUUCAUACAGCACAAAUUUACUUACUACAUAUGCAGUUACCACUUUUCCGUAUUUCCUAAGAGUGAUCCGGAGGCACGCACACACUCGUGCACAUACGAACUCACACAUACGAAUAUAUGAAUGGACUCAUACCUCUAGUCAAACAUACAUACACUCAGAUGCACUCGCGUUUUCACACAUUUUCACAUACACGCGAAGUAAGUUCAUUUCCAUGCGCCUGUGCACAGCCCGACACACACCGAUGAGUACAAACGCACACUCCUGUUCCGACUCGAUUCCGUCCACUUCUUGGCCCUCGCUCUGCGUGAUGAUUUCAGCAGAUGCCUGAGUCCUGGUCUUCGGCCUCGGGACUGGGGAGGGAGUUCCGGGCGGAGACUUGCUGUCCGCUUCCAGGAAGGAGCAGAGCCUGGGGAGGUGGAGCCCUCUUCCCUGGAUUCCAGGGAAAUGAGAUCUUAGAGCAGCUGCCAAAGGUGAUGGUGGGGCUUCUACCCUCAUCCCGUCCGGGUUACUCUGGGGAAUGUCUAAAGCCGCGUGGUUUCUUAGAGGUUGGUGGCAUGCCUGUGUAGGCUCCUUUAGGCCUGAUUGAUUGGGUAUGGUGAGGCCGGGAAUUGUCAUGGAAACACGCAUGAGCCUGUAUCCACCUCUGGAAGGCGGGAGACCCCAGAGGGCACCUGUGGGCUCCCUAAAAGCUCUGGGUUUCUUGUUCGGUCAGCUCCACCCUUGCUGCCUCUCUGGGAGAAACUGAGGCCCAGCUGGGGGAGGCUGGGCACUGCCUGGCCUUGGCUCUUUAUUCCCUAAUUGCCAUCUGAGUUGCUGCUGACUCUGUCCCUGAGGUUGCCUGUGCCCAAACUGCCCUCUAAUGAGGCCACCUGUCCUAGGGGACCAGGAACAUGUGCUGGGAGCUGGCAGAGAGCUCCCUCCUAAACUUGAGUCCUAGCCUCCAUGAGGGAUGCAGGUUCAGGCUGGGGCCUGGGCCUCUGCUGUUAAGGGCCCUGCGUAACCACCAGGCCUCACAUCCCAUCAUCAUCUUUGCUUGUAGAGUCAGUCGUUAGCCCUGUUCAGACCAGAGUUGGGCAGUGGCCUGGGUCCCAGGAAGAAGUCAGGUUCGUGCUAGUGCUUGGAGGGGGAAGUUGCGGGCAGUCAGGGGGCUGUUUGUCCUGGGACGCGGGGUCAGGAGAGGGACUCAGGGACUCGGAUAGGGAGGGACCUCAAGGUGAAGGGACUCUUACACCCCUGCCCUGCUCACAGGUUCCCCUGGAGGCCCUUGGCCAGGCCUGAGCCCCUGUCGCCAUGGCCAUUGUGCAGACUCUGCCAGUGCCACUGGAGCCCACUCCUGAGGCCACCACUGCCCCACAACCUCCAGCCAUGGGCAGCGUGAGCAGCCUCAUCUCAGGCCGGCCCUGCCCUGGGGGGCCAGCUCCUCCCCGCCACCACGGACCCUCUGGGCCCACCUUCUUCCGCCAGCAGGAUGGCCUGCUACGGGGUGGCUAUGAGGCACAGGAGCCACUGUGCCCAGCUGUGCCCCCUAGGAAGGCCGUCCCUGGUACCAGCUUCACCUACAUCAACGAGGACUUCCGGACAGAGUCACCCCCCAGCCCGAGCAGUGACCUUGAGGAUGCCCGAGAGCAGCGGGCACGCAACGCCCAUCUCCGCGGCCCCCCACCCAAGCUCAUCCCUGUCUCUGGAAAGCUGGAGAAGAACAUGGAGAAAAUCCUGAUCCGCCCAACAGCCUUCAAGCCAGUGCUGCCCAAACCUCGAGGGGCACCAUCCCUACCUAGCUUCCUGGGUCCUCGGGCCGCCGGACUGUCUGGGAGCCAGGGCAGCCUAACACAGCUGUUUGGGGGCCCUGCCUCGUCCUCCUCUUCCUCCUCCUCCUCGGCUGCUGACAAACCCCUGGCACUGAGUGGCUGGGCCAGUGGCUGCCCGUCGGGGACACUGUCUGACUCCGGCCGAAAUUCACUGUCCAGCCUGCCCACCUACAGCACCGGGGGUGCAGAGCCAGCCAACGGCUCCCCAGGCGGGCACCUGCCCUCCCACGGCCCCGGGCGGGGGGCACUGCCGGGUCCAGCCCGAGGGGCCCCUACUGGGCCCUCCCACUCGGACAGUGGUCGGUCUUCCUCCAGCAAGAGCACAGGCUCCCUGGGAGGCCGUGUGGCUGGGGGGCUCUUGGGCAGCGGUGCCCGGGCCUCCCCUGACAGCGGCUCCUGUGGGGAGCGCUCUCCGCCCCCGCCCCCACCCCCGCCACCCCCUUCGGAUGAGGCCCUGCUGCACUGUGUCCUGGAAGGAAAGCUCCGAGACCGUGAGGCAGAGCUGCAGCAGCUGCGGGACAGUCUGGACGAGAGUGAGGUGACCAUGUGUCAGGCUUACGAGGACCGGCAGCGGCACUGGCCGCGGGAGCGCGAGGCCCUGCGGGAGGACGGCGCGGCCCAGGCACAGCGGGCACAGCGGGCCCAACAGCUGCUGCAGCUGCAGGUAUUCCAGCUGCAGCAGGAGAAGCGGCAGCUGCAGGACGACUUUGCACAGCUGCUGCAGGAACGGGAGCAGCUGGAGCGGCGCUGCGCCACCUUCGAGCGGGAGCAGCGGGAGCUCGGGCCGAGGCUCGAGGAGACCAAGUGGGAGGUGUGCCAGAAGUCAGGCGAGAUCUCCCUGCUGAAGCAGCAACUGAAGGAGUCUCAGGCGGAGCUGGUGCAGAAGGGCAGCGAGCUGGUGGCGCUGCGGGUGGCGCUGCGAGAAGCCCGAGCCGCACUACGGGUCAGUGAGGGCCGGGCGCGGGGCCUGCAGGAGGCGGCCCGGGCUCGGGAGCUGGAGCUGGAGGCCUGUUCCCAGGAGCUGCAGCGGCACCGCCAGGAGGCCGAGCGGCUGCGAGAGAAAGCCGGCCAGUUGGACACCGAGGCCGCCGGACUCCGGGAACCCCCCGCGCCACCUGCCACCGCCGACCCCUUCCUCCUGGCCGAGAGCGAUGAGGCCAAGGUGCAGCGGGCAGCGGCCGGGGUCGGGGGCAGCCUGCGGGCCCAGGUGGAGAGGCUGCGGGCCGAGCUGCAGCGGGAGCGGCGGCGGGGCGAGGAGCAGCGGGACAGCUUCGAGGGCGAGCGGCUGGCCUGGCAGGCGGAGAAGGAGCAGGUGAUCCGCUACCAGAAGCAGCUGCAGCACAACUACAUCCAGAUGUACCGGCGCAACCGGCAGCUGGAGCAGGAGCUGCAGCAGCUCAGCCUGGAGCUGGAGGCUCGGGAGCUCGCCGACCUGGGCCUGGCCGAGCCGGCCCCCUGCAUCUGCCUGGAGGAGAUCACCGCCACCGAAAUCUAGGGCCCUCGGCGUCCCGGAUCUGCGGGGAGCCUUGCCGACAGGGGGGGGGGGGGCGGGAGCCUCAGGUCCACUGAGGGCCCCAGAGCCGCCCGUCCCCCCGCCCCAGGGGUCCAGGCCUCUGGGCCUCUGCCAAGAACUUGGGGCUGCCCUGUGACUCGGAUGAGCAAGAUCAGACUCCUCGAAGGUCCCCGUGUUCACUGUCACACAGGUUCCCGCUCACUCGACCCGUUUCACUCCCCAGCUGCCGCCAUUGCCACUCUGCCGACCGCAUUCAUCCCAGACGCCCGGGGUGGGUGGGGGGGAUGGGGGGUGCUGGGAAGAAGAAGGGGUUCCCUCGUUUCCACCCUCCCCUACCCCGAAGCCAGAGAGAGCCAGACAGUGCCAGCUGCUCCAGAUGUGCCUGCCCCCACCCUGCCCGUGUCGGGCGACAGGGCUGGGACUGGGGUCUGACCCCCAGGUUCCAGCUCCGCAGCCUGUCUCCCAGGGUGAGGGGCUGUAGUCAGACCAAAGGAAGAACUCAGAAACGUCUUGUUUAUUUGUGUUUGUGACCAAGUGGCCCCUCCCCACACCCAGGUUUAUGGCCUCGUUUUCACUUGUAUAUUUUUCCACACUGUAAAUUUCUUGUACAAACCCAAAGAAACAAAUUAAAAAUUUUUUCUGUUUGUAAAAAAAA